AUGGGAUCUCUUUGCAAUGCAUGUGGCAAACGUAACCACUACGCCAAAGUAUGUCGAUCGAAGCCCGCAGAAAGAUUUUCAAAUAGCAGACGAGAACGACAAUUCGAAGGCAAAGACACAAGAGACACACAACAAUCAACAUCGGGAGAAAGAAAUCGGAGAGACAGGAAAAUGCCGGAAAAUAAAAAUGUCAAGCAUGUUACCUACAAUAGAGAUCGAAGUCCGAGUACCGAAAGCAGCACAUCAAGUGAUAGCGACUUGGUAAACCACUUAAAGAUACACAGGACGACAGGGGAUGAAACGACUUUAUCCUGUGUUGUUUACAUAAAUGGUCAUAAAACACUCGUUGAACCAGACACAGGUGCAGACUCUAACAUUAUGGAUGAAAUACAACUUCAAGAGCUGAAAACCAAGUCACCAGAGAUACAACUAUACGAGUCGAAAGUAAAGCUAAAUACGCUGAACGAGAAGCUAACAGUCAAAGGCGAAUGCAUUGUGACCAUUGAAAACGAGACACGCAUAACACAAGCACCAAUGGUCAUCAUUAAAGGGAAAAUCAACUCUUUACCUUUAAUUGGACGAACAACCCUAGAAGAAUUGGGCAUGGUGAAGAUUGAUGAAACAGGACGACUUAAAGAACCGAACAAACCCAGUGGUACUUGCAAUAUUCGGAAACUACAAGAAACACAGUCCAGUGUUAACGAGCUACUCAAACCAUAUCAAGAUCUAUUUCAUGGAAUUGGCAGAGCGACCCGCAAUGGAGAGGAGAUUCAGCUACAUUUACCAAUGGAUGAAGAGGCUGAACCAAUUGCACAAAAACCAAGACGAGUUGCAUACCACCUAAUGGAACCUCUCCAGAAACGACUCCAAGAAUUUGUGGAACAAGACAUCAUGGAGAAAGUUCCUGAUCAAGAACCUAUAACAUGGUGUUCUCCUAUGGUUGUACAACCUAAACCAAAGAAUCCCAAUGAUAUACGCCUCAGCUUGGAUUUACGAACACUGAAUAAUUCCAUGUUACGAACUCGCCAAGUCCAAGCACCCAUUACAGAAGAUUUUAUUACAGCGUUUAAGGAUUGCCGCAUAUUCAGCAAGUUGGACCUCAACCAUGGCUACCACCAGUUUGUCAUUGAUCUCCAGUCCAGACAAGCCAUGACAUUUUCAACGCCAUGGGGAAAUUACCGAUACAAACGUCUUGCGUUCGGGGGAGUCAACAGUCAAGACCUAUUCGAUAGCGAGAUGGCAAAGAUCCUAUCGGGUAUUCCCAGAACACUGAACAAUCGUGAUGAUAUUAUGAUUGGAGGUGUAGAUCUUGCUGACCACGACAAGAACCUGAAGAUAGUGCUGGGACGACUAAAGGACUACAACCUUACGUUAAGACAAGAGAAAUGUGAAUUCCGAAAGUCAACACUUGAAUUCCAUGGCCAUUUAUUCACUGCAGAAGGAUUGAAGCCGAGUGCCAGCAAGGUCCAUGCUGUCAACACCUUCCAGAAACCCAACACCAAAGAAGAAUUGGUAUCAUUUUUACAGAUGGUUGCAUACCUUUCUCGGUACAUCGAUCGACUCUCAGGUAGAUGCGAGCCUCUAAGAAGACUGACCAAAGCCAACACCAAGUUCGAGUGGGGUCCAGAGCAACAAAGAGCAUUUGACGACCUGAAAACAGCGCUAACAACAGCACCAGUUCUCAUUCCAUAUCAACCAGGAAGAGAAACCUUAGUCAUCGUCGAUGGUAGUCCAGAGGGCCUCGGUGGAGCCUUACUCCAAAAGACAGCAGAUGGAUUUCAACCUGUCCAUUACGUCAGCCGAACACUGACCGAUACAGAGAAACGCUAUUCACAAAUCGAAAGGGAGGCAUUAGCAGCUGAAUUUUCCACAAAUCGACUGCAGAUGUACUUACUCGGAGCACCAAAAUUUAAGCUAGCGACUGACCACAAACCAUUACUGCCGCUUCUCAACAACCCCAAAGCGAAAAUUCCACCACGAAUUGAAAGAAUUAUAAUCAAGAUGCAGAACCUGGAUUUUGAAGCUAUCCACAUACCAGGAAAGAGCAACAUGACCGACUAUUUAUCACGACACCCUCUUCCAGAAACUGGCAAAGACCAUAUUGAGAAACAUGUCAACGCAGCGAUUCAAGCAGAUCACGCCAUAGUCUGGUCGAAAAUCAAGAAAGCCACGGCAGAAGACAAGGAAUUGUGCGAACUGACCGAAACGAUUGAAACCGGAAAAUGGAGUGAAGCAAAGCAGUUCUUGAAACCCUACUACGAAGUCAGAGAUGAACUCUUUGUCGCGGAUGGAGUGAUCAUGCGAAUGGACCGUAUUGUACCACCCCAGUCCCUGAGACAGAGAAUCAUCCAGUCAGCCCACAAGCAAGGACAUCUCGGAGUGAAUAAGACGAAAGAAAUGAUCCGAAGAAAGUACUGGUUUCCUGGAAUGAAUACCAGAAUAACAUAUACUGUACAAACAUGUUUCGACUGCCAGAUUGCUACAGAUCACCACCAUACCGAGCCAGCAAAGAUGACAGAGUUACCAGACCGACUAUGGGAUGUGGUAGAAGCUGAUUUUUGUGGACCACUGCCCAACCACAAAUAUGCACUGGUACUUAAGCCUAGUUCUCAUUCAUCGCAAUCUGUCACCGACGAUCGGCGACGCUUAUCGCCGAUACUCGCCGAGCGCGAAUGCACGAAAGUUCUCAUACAUCGGUGAUCGUCGCAGAUGACAGCCGAUGUGUUUCGAAAUUUCCCACCAAGGCACAAAAUGGCCCCAUUCAACGUAAAGUUCAUGAUUUCUUGUCAAACUUCAGUUGAUUAUUUCCUUUCUUGUUGAGGAAAAAACAACUUUUACUCAUUUCUCAUAGAUUUUUUAAGCAGGUGACAGUCGGCGAUGGUCGCAAGAAACAAACUUUUUUGUUUCCUGCGAUGUCAUCGCCGAUGGUCGGCGACGAUUACGGACAAUCGGCGAUAUAAUUUUUGAUGUGUUCUCAUAAAUGGCAAGCGGUCGCCGACGUCGCAAAGCUCCCAUCGCCGACGGUUUGCGAUGAAUGAGAACUAGGCUUUACCGACCAAUAUUCACGAUAUCCAGGAGUGGAGAUGGUAACAUCUACAUCCACAAUACCAGUGACAAAGAAAUUGAAGAAGAUUUUUUCUACCCAUGGAAUACCUCGAAUACUACAAACUGAUAACGGUCCACCAUUCAAUGGUGAACAAUUCCAAACCUUUGCUGAAGAAAUGGGAUUUCACUACAAGCGAGUAACACCAAUACAUCCGAAGGCGCAGGGCCAAGUGGAAAAUUUCAAUAAGCUGAUCAACAAAACAACAAAGAUUGCCUGUGAAGAAGGAAUCGAAAUCGAGAGUGCAAUAUAUGAUAUGUUACAAGCAUACAGACAGACAACCCCAUCCGGCAACAAAGUCAACGCCGUACGAGGUUUUGAUGCACCGUCAAGUACGAACACGAUUGUAACAUUUUCCCACCGAAGUUCACAUCACCCAAGAUGAGGUCAAGAAGAAUGACAAAACCUACAAGCAGAAACGUAAGCAGUACCACGAUAAACGUCACAGAGUGAAAACACAUACAAUCAAGUGCGGUGAUGCCGUUUUGAUAAAGAGAGAGAAGAAAAGGAAGAAGCAUACACCGUACGAGCCGUACAUAUACGUUGUGACAAGCAUAAAAGGAUCAACCAUCCGUGCGAGACGUGUAAAGGAUGGAAAAGUUAAGUGCAGAGAUGCAUCGAAGGUUAAACCACUUAGAACAGCUCAAUUGUCAAAAGCAAACGAUGAAACGACGAGUGUAAAAGUACCAAGCAACUACGAAGCCACAACAUCCAGGACGACAUUUCAGGACACAGACAGCAGCAACAUCCGGGACACAACAAGUGAGACUAUAGACACAACAAGUGAGACAACAACCACAAACAAGUGA